UUGUCAGGAAGAAAUCUCAACCUGGGAUUAGUCUGCUCCCGACGCCGCCAUUUCAAAGCUGAGGGGGCGACACCAGCUGUUGGCAUUUUUCUACAUCUUUUUUUUUAUUUUUUCAUUUUUCUUAUGAAGUUUUAUUUUUCCUAGCGAUUAAAUUGGCCGAAAAGUCGAAUCUACCUCGAGUGCAACACCAACUGAAAUGGAUGCAGACACAGAGGAGAAGAUGACAGAAACUCCAAAGAUUUCCAAGGAGGAACCUGAGAAACCUGUAACCGAAAGAUUCAGGGGUCGUGGGUUCAGAGGCCGUGGUCGAGGGGGUCGGAUGAGUCGUGGUUUCAUGCGUGGUGGGCGAGGCACCAUGAAGGGGUUCGGUCCACCUGGACAUGGAAGGGGUCGAAUGAGGGAUGGAGGCAUGAAUGGAUUUGCACCCAUGAGGGGAAUGGGGCGGAUGCGUCCUUACCCAGACCUCAGAGGUCAUCGUGGUAGGGGGGGACCAAUGGGUAUGGGCCCUCCUCCUCCACCAAUGCCUCCCAUGCACCUCAGAGGCCUCUUCCCACCCCCGCCCAGGCACGGACCCCCUCCACCCCCUCCUCUGGGUCAUCCUGGUUUCAGAGGACGACCACCUCACCCAAGAGGGCGUGGCAUGCCACCUCAUGGACAUCCACGCCACUUCCACCCCCGUGGAGCCAGAGGCUAUCACAAUGGACCAGUCUCUCCUCCACCUCACCCCCCACCUGGCAGAGGCCAGAGGUGGCCAGGGCCCCCUGGUGGCCGGCGCUUUUAACACAGCUUGUCCUAAAAACAUAAACAAAAAGCACUUGUUAGAGGGGCCUAAGGUGGUACAGUGAACGAAACACCCCUGAACUAUGUGUUAUACAAAGUCUAUAAGUAUCUUUACUCUGUGGCCAAAUGUCUGGUUAUUGAUAUUGUCUACUGACAAAUAAAUAAUGUGAAAUGGCUAACGACAAAACCAGGACUCAUGAAAUGCCUCCACAUUUAAUGUAAAGGCAUUCUCACCUUCUGCUACCUGUAAAUCUGGUUUAUACUGUAGGAAUUAUUGGGAAAUUGUUGAGAAAGAGCUAAAUGUUCUGUAGUUCUUAUAACAGUCACCCUGUGAGCCUUAAGAAAAUUUACUGAUUCUUAAUAAAGACAAAGAAAAUGGGUGAGGAUGUUUAUUUGAGGGUGGAGGGGGAAAAAAAAAAUCAAAGAAUGCAUAUCACAGCCCUCAGGCAACAAUGUUAACACCUUGAACCUCCCUGACCUUUCCUUUUGUUACUGAUGUAUUAUAACCUCACCAAGCAGUACUACAAAAAUUGUUUAACACUCCCACACUUCCAACUUAUCAGACAAUAUUCCACUUGUCAAGUAUUCUAUUAAAUUUUAUAUAUUACAUCAUUACUGUGCAGCUAUUUUUAAGUUAUGAGUAUUGCUGUUUGGAACUUUCAUGUUUGUCUCCUUCAGUCUAUUUUGUAAUGACAAAAAAGCAGAAGGCAUUAAAAAUGAUUAGUAUACUGAAAUAUAUACAUAUAAAUCUAGUGGCAUUUAUAAAUGAAAGCAAAUUCUAUUGGUAUUUGCUUCAGUUAAGGAUAAGAAAUAACUCUUUACUGUGUCACAACUACUUUAUUCACUGUGAUUAACAUAACUUUGGUGAACCUGUGAAUGUGUUUUAUGAGAACCGUCAAGGCAUAUGACGUAGUUGUGAAGAUGAAAAAAAAAUAAAAAUUCAAAUAAACUCAA